UUUGGGUACCAAAAUUCGAGAAAAUGAUGCCCUGAAUUCUGCAUUACUGAAAUUCUCAAUUUCUAUUGUGGUCUUUCUAGAUACUUUUAACUGCUCUACCUUUGAAAAAUAUUGGCAAUCUAGUUUCAUUUGGGUUUUAUGUAGAUGAAUUUGAUUCAUCAAUCAAAUUGAAUUAGUCGUGUUUUCUAAUCUUAAGUCAGUUACUGUAUUCAAAAUGUUACAAACACCUUACAUGAUCCGGCUAUGUCAAAAAAUAUUCACCAAAACAGAAUUCAAGAAUUCAAACCCCUCCGAAGAAGAUGAGGUUCUAAUAGGUAUUUGUUCAAAUUGGUUUUAUCAAGCUUUCGACCAUUGUACUAAAAUGACGACAAAACCUGGUUGUACAAAAUUAUGGACUCGAAUUGUCAAUUUAAAGAAAUUAAUAUUUCAAGAAAACGAAACUGCAUUAUUGAGCGAUAAGAUUCCAAUGCCAGUACAUCCAGAACUUUUAAGCCUAUCAAAUUGUCAAGAACUUAGUGAAAAAGUUAUUAAAGAUUAUGUAAAUUUCAUACCUCGUUAUAUGUCUGUCAUGCAGGAGAACAGAAUUCUUUGGGGAAUUCUUUGGAGUCUCCUUGAAAUGGUUGUAAUUAUGUUGUGUUUUCUAUCUGUCAGAAAAUGGCUUCCGAAAUAUUUUCAAAGGAGAAAUGCAUCAAUUACUCCUGAGAAGAACUCAGAAUUGGAAAAUAUUCUUCGAAGUGAUAUCAACCGGAUUCUCUACGAAACCAAAUAUUUGUCCGUUGUGCCUGUACUUAACCCGCAGUUACUACAAGUUGGCUGUCCAAUCAUUGGCUUGAGAAUCGAUCGAAAACAAUGGAUAAAUAUUGAAAGAAUUUGGGGUGGAUCUUCAGGAACUUGGAGAAACUGUGAAAAUCCAGCAGAUGCAGAUAUAACAUUGAUGGCGAAGAAAUUACAAAGAUUCUUUCACAAAUCAGGACAACAUUUGAUUAUCGUCAGCAUUGAAUUUGAUCUAACUCAAGAUGAAGAAAUUGAAUUGAAAAAAUCUCCUCGAACCUCAUUUAUUCCUGUUCAUCAAAAAAUUGACAAUAAAAUUGGAAUCAAAAGAAAAAAAUAAAAUAAACAAUUUGUUUUCAUGUGCAAUCGUAUUGCAGU